CCGGGCCCGCGCCCCACCUCCCCGCAUCUUCAGCCGCGACCUCCGGAGCCCCGCCUGCCCCUGCUCCGCGUUUCCCCGCUGCCUGCACCCGCCCCGGCCCCCUCCCGACUUGCCUUAUUUAUUUGUUGGACGCGUCUCUGAAUGUAUCCGCCUCGGUCCCGCCCCCGCCGCGCGCCCCCGCCCGACUCCGCAUGCCGGCGCGCGUCCCCGUCCCGGGCCGCCCCGCCCCCGAGGGGAGGGGCCUGUACAUACUGUAACAUACAGAGCAGAGUGAAGAGUCUAUUUACGGCGCCGCGGGGAGGGCGGCGCGGCGGGGGCCCCCGGCCGGCUCCACGAGCACUUUCUACUUGUGCAUGGGCUUGGUUUCUACGAGUUACCAUUAAACAUCGCUGCACCAGCCAGCCUCCCGCCUCUGUCUGCGCCGCGCGGGCGGGCGGGCGGGCGGAGCCUCGGCGGCGGGGGACAGCGGGCGGGGCGCGGCCGGCGCGGGGCUCUCCGCCUCCGACGUGUUUCCGGCCUUAAAGGCAUUUCGCCCUUCCCUUUAAGACGCGCCGCCCCUUCUCAGUCACUCCCAAGAUGGCGGACCUACUGGGCUCCAUCCUGAGCUCCAUGGAGAAGCCACCCAGCCUCGGGGACCAGGAGUCUCGGCGCAAGGCCCGAGAGCAGGCUGCCCGCCUGAAGAAGCUACAGGAACAAGAAAAACAACAGAAAGUGGAGUUUCGUAAAAGGAUGGAGAAAGAGGUGUCCGAUUUCAUCCAAGACAGCCAGCAGACCAAGAAAAAGUUUCAGCCGAUGAACAAGAUCGAGAGGAGCAUCCUACACGAUGUGGUGGAGGUGGCUGGCCUGACGUCCUUCUCCUUUGGGGAAGAUGAUGAGUGUCGCUACGUCAUGAUCUUCAAGAAGGAGUUCGCGCCCUCAGAUGAAGAGCUGGAGUCCUACCGUCGCGGCGAGGAGUGGGACCCCCAGAAAGCCGAGGAGAAGCGCAAGCUGAAGGAGCUGGCCCAGCGGCAGGAGGAGGAGGCAGCCCAGCAGGGCCCCGUGGUGGUGAGCCCCGCCAGCGACUACAAAGACAAGUACAGCCACCUCAUCGGCAAGGGGGCGGCCAAGGACGCGGCCCACAUGCUACAGGCCAACAAGACCUAUGGCUGUGUGCCCGUGGCCAACAAGAGGGACACGCGCUCCAUCGAAGAGGCCAUGAACGAGAUCCGGGCCAAGAAGCGGCUGCGGCAGAGCGGGGAAGAGCUGCCACCGACGUCCUAGGCGCCCCAGCAACUGGGGCGGGCCGGGGACAGGGGGACAGGCUGCUGCUAUUAGAACCCAUCCUGGAGCCCCACCUCCGUACCGCCUCCCGUCCGCGGGCACCGGGCCGGGGAGGCGGUUAUGUGACUUGUCACCGUCCGAGCUCAGACCCUCGAGUGGGGUGUGUGUGCUUGCGCGUGGCUGUGCGAGUGUGAAUGCACAGGUGGGUA